GGAGAGCCUCCUCGCGCGUUUAUCGCUACGCGCAAUUUGUAAUUACGGUGCGCGAUAUCGAGCGUGUAUAUAUCCAUCGUGCUGAGGAUCGAUAAUCCAACUCGAAGCACGAUGGAGUCGGCAUUUUCAAAUUUUUAGGUUAUAGUAUGCGAGAUUAGCGACGAGAGAGAGGGACGGAGGAUAGGGGGAGGAGGAACGUGCGAAGGAGAAUGGGGGAAGAGAAGAUACGACGAAACGGGAACUACUUCGCUGUGGCGGAGUGUGACGUGCCGCGGUACAUGCGCGCGCAUCCCAGCACGACUCGACUGAACGUGGCAAACGACGAAGACGACGCGCGAUUGGUCAAUCUGCAAGGGCGCGCGGUUGCUAAGCAACAGUAAUAACGCGCGCGUUACUACCGGCCGGCGUAGUGUCGGAGCGGAGCGGAUUUCGCACAGUGGCACAGAACAACGUCGGCUUCCGUGGAGUUCAUACGUGCCGGAUAGUAUAAACGACACACCGUGUGCCAAAGUCGACGGAUUACUCACACAAACGGGCACUUUCUCUCCCUCCUUUCUCUCUCUCUCUCUCUCUCACUUUCUCUUUUUCUCUAUCUUUUUCCUUCUAUCCGUCUCCUCCGUUUGUCGCUUCGCGAUCGCGGACGCACGCUCCCCUUUCUUGAGGUAUCUCCGCCACGGCCGCCGUCAGAGCAGCCUCAGUCUCGCGUUAAAGGACGUCGCGUGAGCUUCAGAGUUUCAGGGCGUCUGAGAAGAGUAAGGCAUAAAGAUGGCAGAGGACAAGAACGAGACGAGCCCGAGCGCCGAGGGCGAGAAGCCGCCGCAGGAAACAACGGCGUCACCGCCGGCUUCCAAGCCGGACAAGGAGGAGCCGGCGAAGGAGUGCAAGGAAGAUGAGAAGAAGGUCGAGGAGAACGGUGAAGGCGAGAAACCGAAGGAGAAUGGCGAGGAGAAGCCUACUCCGGAGCCGAAGGACAUGCGGGCGAUCGUGCUCAACGGUUUCGGCGGCCUGAAAAGUGUCAAGGCCCUGAGAAAACCGGAGCCCACCCUCGGCGAGGGAGAGGUCCUGAUACGAGUCAAAGCCUGCGGACUGAACUUCCAAGAUUUGAUGGCUAGACAAGGGGCGAUUGAUUCACCUCCAAAAACUCCGUUCAUCAUGGGCUCGGAGUGCGCGGGUGACAUCGAGCAAGUUGGCGAGGGAGUCGAGAACUUCAAAGUGGGUGAUAGAGUGGUCGCCCUUCCCGAUCACAAAGCGUGGGCGGAGCUGGUCACUGUGCCGGCAACGUCCGUUUUCGCGCUACCACCCGGAAUGAGCUAUCUUGAUGCGGCCGCCAUCACCAUGAACUACACCGUAGCUUAUAUUCUGCUCUUCGAAUUGGCCCAUCUCACGCCCGGCAAGAGCUUGAUGCUUCACAGCGCCGGCGGCGGUGUGGGUCAAGCGGUGGUUCAGCUUGCGAAAACCGUGAAGGAUGUAACCAUCUUUGGCGUCUGUAGCAAAUCCAAGCACGAAGCUCUUAAAAACGCCGGAACUAUCGACUACCUUUUGGAACGCGGCACAGACUAUAGCAACGAAGUCAGAAAAAUCUCCCCGGAAGGCGUAGAUAUUGUCUUAGACUGUCUAUGCGGCGAAGAAUGUAAUAAAGGUUACGCCCUCUUGAAACCGAUGGGCAAGUACAUCCUUUAUGGAUCCAGCAAUGUCGUCACCGGGGAAACUAAGAGCUUCUUUUCCGCAGCGCGAUCAUGGUGGCAAGUCGAUAAAGUGUCGCCUAUAAAGCUGUUUGAUGAGAACAAGACAUUGUCCGGAUUGAAUCUACGCCACUUAAUGUACCAACACGGCAGUCAUGCGUUUGUUCGACGGGCGGUGAAUCAAGUGUAUACACUGUGGAGCGAGGGCAAGAUCAAACCAGUGGUGGACUCAACAUGGGCGCUGGAGGAUGUACCCGAGGCUAUGCAAAAAAUGCACGAUCGCAAGAACAUCGGUAAGAUCGUGCUGGAUCCGAGUCUGGAGCCGAAGCCCAAACCAGCUACGCCGGCUAAAGGCAAAGCAAAAGACAAGAAGGCCGCGAAUCAGGAGGAGAAGAAGGCGUCUAGCGUAGAGUCGGAAGAGGGGGAGAAGAAGAAAGAGCCCGAAUUAACAAACGGUACCUCAGAAGACAAAUCUGAUAGCGAUUCCAAAGAAAAGGAAUCUAGCUGAAUUAGCGGAAACUAAGAUGAAAUUGAUGAAAUUGAUAUCCGUAAACGUCAAGAAUUUUCCAAAAGUACUAUUGCCCGAAAGAAUGAAAAAUUAAGUUCGUUUUAAAUAAUACACGAGCGAUAUCGCGCAAAGUUUACAUGCAGAUGAUCCAUAACAAAUUAUAUCAUACAACUUAAUAUAAUGGACGAAUAUUAAUAUCCAAACAAUUAUCUGGAAUACGAAAAUUCGAUUUAGUAAGUAAUCGAUUGCUUACUAAGGUACUCUUACUCUUACACAUUACUCUUUUAUGUCCAAAAGCCACCGUUUUUAACGCAUAUCAUCUGCACGUAAAUGUCCUCCCCUACAUUUGCGCCGAGAUUAAGAAUUCAUGCGAAUUAUGAGUGAAGGAGAAUCAACCAGCAUAUUACAUAAGAACGAGAGAAGCAACCAAAUAGAAAUAACAAUCUUGAUGCGGUCCACAGUAGUUUACAGAAUAUAAGAACGUUAUGUUUAUUUUUUCACAUCGACCAAAUGGUUAAUUUUGCGAGGAAUUAAGUAAACGAUUGUUGGAUACCACGUAGUCAUUAGGCAGCUUGAUUCUUUUUUCUAUUACCUCUAUUAUUUUAGGAAAUGGAUGUAACUAGCCUUUCCGUACUUAUUAAACGAUCGAGCUCAUAAACACGAUAUAAUAGCAGUUUAAUAACUGUGUGUUGUCCAACAGUUAUCUACUUGGCUCUAUUUAUCUGUAUCGGAUACUAUCGCUGCUACUACGGUAUAUACUAACACAUUCUCUCUUAUACUAAUAUAAUAUUACCUCUAUUUGUAAUUUAUAAUGGGAUAAAAUAACACAUUGCGCUAACGUUGCAUUUCCGCAAAGAAAAGCUAAAAAUGCAGAGCUGCAUUACUUUCGUAUAUAAAUUUUACGUAUUACAAAGAUGUUUUUACACUACUUUAUUAUUCAUCGUGACCCUUUUGUCACGAUGUAAUAUCCUUUUAAAUUUUAACGAUAGCGAUGAAAGUCAAGAGUAAUAUUUAGUACACUACAUAUACAGGGCAUUUAGCUGAGAUUUGGAUGCUCUUUUUUCGUACAUUUUCAUACUUCAUGUAGUUCUUAUGUAAAAUUAGUUAUAGACUUUUCUCCUAUGUAGAUUUUCCUAUGUAAAAAUUGAAAAGUAGAAAAAAAUUGAAAUAUUAAAAUGUAACUAUCUAACAGCUUAUUAUAAUCGGUAUUUUUCUAAAUCGAAAUUAUCUCUUUUUUUUUUUUAAAUCACGUGCGUUGAUCUUUGCAACGAUACAUCAACGAACUUUCAAAAUAUUCCGAUUAAAUUUUGGAAAUUCGAAAUAUAAUGCAAAAUUAAAUAUAAAUUGACUCGCGUUGAUGUUUAUUAUAUGCUAGAAAUGGUGGAUAAUCGGAGAUUUGAUAUCUAAUCUGAAUAUAAGAGAAUUGAUUAUAUGACAUAAAUUAAGCAAAAAUGUAUGUAAUUAGACUGAUUAAUUACGGCUUGAAACUAUAAGCCUAAUAGAGAUAUUAUUCGGCACAUAAGUGCUUUGAGAAUUAUUUUAACGAAUGUUGGCGUACUAUUAUUUCACCUUGUGACUUUCGAAUCAGUUUUAACAAAAAAUCGGGCGUAUAUGCUCGUAUAAUACGAUAUCUCAUCGUUUUUAUUCAAGUGUGCGAACCGAUGAUGUACUUUAAAAGCUCCAAAUAACUUUAUUGUUUAAAUGAAAUUUUAUAAACAUAUUUAAUGACGUUGCAUCAACAUGUACAUGAAGAGUAAUUUAAUGAAUUAGCAUCGUAGAAUAUAUCGCUUUUCUUACGAGAAGGAACGAGUUUAAAAAAAAAAUACGCAAGGCCUCAUUUUCUAUUAUCACGCGCGUGAAUACAUAGUUGUGUCGCUUAGGACGCCGAACGCGUGACUGCAAUCCGAUAAAUUAUGUUAAAUCCGCAUUGCGGUCUUUCUUCAACUUUCGAACCUUCGAGUAAUAUUUUUGCGACGGUCGUGAUAUAUUGUUGGCCGUUCUACGUACGCAAAAAAUAGUGAAGAACGCGUUAUUAACGGCGAUCUGUUGAGCGAGAAGAUUUUCAUAAUAAUAUAAAUGAAAGAUUAAAAGGAUCCUCGCGAGUCUCUCGAGAGAAAGUGAGAUAAAAGAAAAAAAAAUUUCGAGGGCGUGUCCUCUCGAUGGAAUGCGGCUCAGUGGAGAACCUGACCGAUGCAGAACAAAGUGUGCAUAUCUCUCCGGAACGUUGGAACAAUUUUGGUGUAGCCGAUUUCGUUAGGAUUUGAUACUAGCUCUGUAUACCGAUAUCUAUAUUAUACAAAUCAUUAUGCGAGAAGAAAAAGACGCGUGGACGAGAGGAAAGAUAUGUGUUGAUAUCGCGCGCGAAUCUCGAAUUGUCAGAGAAGCGCACGAAAGAGCCACGAAUUACUGCCGUAUCGAAUCUCUCGGUCCAAAAGUACAUAAUAAUAUCUUACUCAUCAAGAAAACGUAUCGAUCUGAAAAGAAAAAGACAAAAAAAGUGUGAAAAAUGCAAAAAACAUGAUAAAUGUGGCUGCAUAUUUUGAGACAUCUUUUAAACACGUAAGAGAUACACUUAAUCCGACACGAAAACACGACACACGCCCAUACACAAAAUACGACGACAUACAUCAUACUGUAUAUUUUAUUGUAAGGCUUUAAAUGUUUCAUCAAAUAACUCUAUUAUAUUAUAAUAUAUCUAUAUAUAUUUGUAUCGAUCGUUUUCUCCUGCCCUGAUUUUUUUAUUUAGGUCCGAAGCACGAAUGUCGGAAUAAUAAGUCUGGGAUGUGCGAGUGUUAUAUGUGAGAUUAGAUGCAAGAGCUUUAAAUUUAAAGAGCGAAAAUCGAUUAAUGACUGGUUACUUUUUUAUUAUAAUUGGCAAUUUUAAUGCAGCAAUCAACUCUCGUAUGCCGAAAUUGCGUUUUUGCAGAUAUUAUACAUUAUUUUAUUUACAUGUCGUUAAUGACAUGUCAUGCUUCUGUAUAAUUAGCAGUGUAUUUUUAUGUAUUCUCAGUUUCUUUUCCCUUGGAAAAAUGCUUUGCAUGAGUAAUUACUUUUGAUGAAAUGCCGACCAUGAGAAUUUAGAUUGAUUUUCGAUUAUUAAUACACUUAAGAGAGGCCGUCGCACUCCAAAAAAAUUUACAUAAAUCAGAUUUACACAAAAAUGAUGAAAUUUUGCGCUAUAUCGCGUUAAUAUCGUAAUCAAAAUGUAUUUUACCACUGCGAAAUGCUAUUCUAAUUUUAGAACAUUUAAAUGUGCACAAAAAUUGCGCGGAUAUUACGAUAUUAUUACGGAAAAAUUUUAUCUCUCUGUAAUUGCUACAUAUAUAUACAUAUAUAAUACAUAUAUAAUUUCUAAGCAUUUUAUGAAAAUGCAUAUCUAAUGCGCCAUAUUCUUGGAUGCGCGUUACAUGUUCACGGCUAUAUCGUUUAACUAAGCCGCUUUUAAAUUUUAAGAGUCGACUGAAUUUAAACAUUUUAAGCUGCGAGACAAUCUGCGCAAACUGGCAUACUGAAACAUGUUCGAUAGCUAAUGACCGAAAUGUAUGUAUAUGAUUUCAUGCCAGCACGCAAGUGUCAUUUAGCAGUAAUAAUUCUAUUUACCUGUUCUAGGACGAAUCCUUGAAACAAAUCGUGCAUACAUUAUAAACGAUUGUCAAGAAUGAUAAGAUGGAAAUUGUUCGCAAUCGUUACGAAAAAGGGGUACGCGGCCGGGGAAUCCGUUUCCGAAACUCGGUGACAAUUUUUUGCCGUUUGAAGUAUACUUUUACGAAAGGCUCGUCUCAAAGCUAUAACCAUUCCGUUGGCACGAUAGAGAGCGAGAAUGAGAGGAUAUUGAGCACGCGUGCGUCUCUUAUUAGUUAUGCGAACCCGCAUCGUUAGAAAGCAGGACCUACAAUUUUGCGAACGUGAUACAUUAUGAUUGUGUAAAAUUGUAAAAUUUGUCGAGGGGUCCGGGCGAAAGCAACAAACGCUUUUUCCCACCGCCGAGAUUCUUGAUCGCGAUUUAAAUACGCCGAAGAAGCUCACGGGAAAAGGAAAAAAACCUUCGCCCGCUCCCCGUCAAGCUUGAUAUAGAUUGUAUUUUUGGCUUAUUAUUGUAAGACUGACUAUGUUGCUAUAUUAAAGAUUGCUUCGAAAA